GAGGCGCUAAUAAACUGUCAAAAGUCUAAAGCAAGUGUGCUUACAAAAACAUUAGCUAAAACAAUUCUAUCAAAAAAAACAAAAAAUCGUAUAAUUCCUCAGGAAGAAUUACCAAAUAAUUAUGAAGAACAACCAACAUUAAAUAGGACUGAAUCAAAACAUAUUUCAGCAAUAGUUCAACGAAAAGACGAGCGAUUAUAUUUACCAGGUAGAAUAAUUCAUUUUUAUUCGACACGUGAUGCUGCUGUUUAUAGCAGAUAUUUAUCGUAUAAACCACGUUUUGCUCAAAGAGAAGAGUUUUUAGAUAUAAUUGUACAUCCAAGAAUGAUUCUCGAUCAUUUUCCCGUUGCAUUUCGAUCAGCUAUCAACUAUUGUGUUGAAAAUUAUCAGAGUGACUGUUGA